AGAGCAAAGAGAUAAUCCAGUUUUUUUUUCUCCAGGAAAAAAAAUUAACUAUUGUGACAUAAAGUUCAAGUUGAUAGCAAGGACUGGUAAAAGGCCAUUUGGAAGAGCAAUAAAGUCUUGGCAUACGAGUAGCUGUUUUGUUAGUGUAGAAUUGUGUGAAAUUACUUUUGGAACUACCAUGCCUGUUAGUCCAAGGGUUAUUAUGGCCUUUAAUGCUAUGGAGGCCUUAGGAAUCUCGAAGAAAGAGGUGAAACCAGUGUUGAUAAAUUUGCUUAAACUGUAUGAUAACAAAUGGGAGCUUAUUGAAGACGACAACUAUCGGGCACUUAUAGAUGCAUACUUUGAGUCAAAGGAAGAUAAGUUUUUUUCUGAUACCUUAUUAUAUUCUUUCUGAAAGCAAGAAGAACAUAAGAGAAAAGCUCCAAUAAGUUGUCAUGAUGGUGAAAGACCAAAACAGAAACGUCACUUGGUAGAUACAGACAACCAGGUUUCAUCAGCUGACAACUCAAGACAAGUGUUGAGUGACGAAAAAAGGAUCCCAAGUUUACCUCACAUGACUGCUAGAGAUAGAAAAAGUUAUCCUGGGGCAGCAUCAUCUGCAGGGCAUCACGAGGACCCAAUUGAUGAACCUAUAAAUCCUUGUAUUCAGAGGAAAAACAUGUCAACUGAUCACUAUCAGAAGAAGCUUAUAACAUCAGGAACUGAGAAACCUAAGCUUCAUCUUGGAUCUGUUUCGACAAGUUACAAUGGUUUGCCUGAUGCUUCAAAUGGAAAUCACUCUAUCAAAUCCCUCACAGAGGUGUAUCAGAAUACACACAAGAUAGAAGAUAAGUCAACAUGCAAUAAUAACACCAGAACCAGUAAGGGUAAUAUUGAUAUUGCUUCUUCACCUUUGGGAGAAGUUAAAAUUUCUUUAAAUUUUGAUGCUGCAAUCAGGAUGGGCUUGAAUUUGAAUCGAAAGGGGUCAACGCAAGCUCCUGCUGAGGAUAAAAAGAAAUCCUUUCGAUAUGUCGAUGACAUAACAAAAGGUUCAGAAAAUGUUAAAAUAUCAUUAUUAGAUGAAACUGAAAGUGAGGAUUUUCCGAAGUUUAAUUACAUUCCAUGUAAUACAACGUAUCAAAGUGCUAAUGUCAACAUUGCACUUGCUCGGAUUGCGGAUCAAGGUUGCUGUGCUGAUUGUUCAGGCGACUGCCUUUCCUUACCAUUUCCUUGUGCAUGCUCUCAAGACACUGGUGGGGAGUUUGCUUACUCUUCACAAGGUUUAUUGAAAGAAAAGUUUUUAAAAGAUUGCAUGUCUAUGAUAAAGGAACCUCAAGAUCAUCAUUAUGUGUACUGUAAUGAAUGCCCAAUUGAGAGGUCUAAGAAUGAGACGAAACCUGAACCAUGCAAGGGACAUCUAGUUAGGAAGUUUAUAAAGGAGUGCUGGAGGAAAUGUGGAUGUGACAUGCAGUGUGGAAAUCGGGUAGUGCAACGGGGUAUAAGCCGUAAAUUGCAGGUGUUCUUGACUGAAGAAGGAAAGGGCUGGGGCGUUAGACCACUAGAAGAUUUGCCCAAGGGAUCCUUUGUAUGUGAAUACGCCGGGGAAAUUUUAACAAAUACAGAAUUGUAUGAAAGGAUUGUACUAGGUACCGGCAAUGACAGACAUACAUAUCCUGUAACGCUUGAUGCAGACUGGGGCUCAGAAGUGGGAUUAAAGGAUGAAGAGGCAUUAUGCUUGGAUGCAACAUAUAAUGGGAAUGUGGCAAGAUUCAUCAAUCAUAGAUGCUAUGAUUCAAAUCUGAUAGAUAUUCCUGUUGAAGUGGAGACACCUGACCGCCACUAUUAUCAUCUUGCCCUCUUUACAAACAGAGAUGUGAGUGCAUACGAGGAGUUGACAUGGGAUUAUGGUAUUGACUUUGAUGAUCAUACCCAUCCUAUUAAAGCAUUCAAAUGUUGUUGUGGAAGCGCUUUCUGCCGUGAUAAGAAACAAAAAGGAACUAGAAAACUCAAGCAUACAUAUAUAGAGUAGUUGAGUUUUAUCAAGAGGUUGAGUCUACCGGAAUGGGUUAGAGACUUUCACUACACGGAGAACUAAAAUUCGAAUCUUAAUUGCAAGAAAUGUUCACAUUCAAUGUCCGACAGUGUCUCAAGUACGAUUACUUCUCGCCGAAGCAACUCACAUACGAGGAAGCAACUCACAUAAAGUACAGAAACAGUUGAGAUUUUAUUGGUAUAGUAUUGUUGCUGUUACGGUACAUGGCAGCCAUGUAGGUGAAACUUGUAAGAAAUUUAUGAUAGAAAUCCUCCAACAGUUCCCAAAUUUUGA